CAUACAAAGUGGGCUUUGGUUCUGUCGUUGCAGUGACAUUGGCGUAGAACACUAGUAGUCCGAUAGUAAUAAUAUGCAAACCAAGGAAAUUCAUCUUUAUGUGGGGUUGAAAAUUGAAUAGUGUGAAGGGAAAAGGAAAGCUAUCAUCAUGGCAUUUGCGAUCGUGAAUGUGGUAUUAUUCCGCACCAGCAACGCCUUAUGUCUUACGCAGCAGUUGUCAAUCGCAGCCACCAACACACAAGGCUGCGGCAGGUUUUGGAGCAGGCAUACUGUGCUUGUAAUCUUAAACCAAGCUCAUAGCAUUACCGCCGCUGAGCUCAUACUGGAAGCCACCGAUUGGCCUGUAUCUGGCGUUCAGGCACUUCUCUUCUUGACUACUGUUCCAUACAUCUUCAUAGACAGCGUAUGGAAUACUUAUUUGGGUAGAACGCUUGCAGAGGGGACUCCUGCAAUACACCUAGUCCACGCUAAGACACUACUCUUGGAACAGCAAGAUCAUUUCCUUCGUGCAGGUGACCCAACAAGAACUGCCUGGUCUCUGGUGGUUUUGAAGAGGCAGCCCAAGAUACAACAAAGCUACCCAGUGCAAUUCCAAGCAGCAGCAGCAGCAUUUUGAUGCAGGAGUAGAAGGGGGACUGGUGCGCAUGCCCAACCACCUAUUGGCAGAUGACCAUGGCUGGCUGCUACUGUGUUUGGGAC